AUGGAAGAUAAUGCGACGCCCUUCGCAUCAGCCCCUGGCCUUCAGUUCGCUGAAACCAACGUCCUUCGUCACCCUAUUAUUCGACCUCUUCUCGAAUCCCUCCUCGAAACAUCAAGUCUAGGACUUUACAGGUCUUUGGGGCCCUCCCCCUUCGAUUACGUAUUCAACAGCGACCCAGGACAUGAGGUGGAAAUCAUCAUGGUCAUGAUAUGGAGCCCAGGCUCCAAAUUUACAUACUGGGCUGGUUCGCAUCGUCACUGGCUUGAACCUAUUGAAGCAGCAAACUCUCUGCUGCAGGUCACCCGCGCACGCCUGCAAUCCAGCGGCAGUACGCCGGUUGAGACAACAUUUGAGAAGGGUGGCUUCGCUGUGAUUGAUGCGAGGACUGCGUUUCAGAUCACUGCCGGCACGGCCAUCACGUUUGCAUUCGGGAAAGAGGAUGCAGCCAAGCUGUGGAGACCAAUGCAGUUGCCACGAUCUCUCGAACACCACGUAACGAGCAUGGAAAGUCGAACAGUCCGGAUUAAUGUAACAUAUGCUGAAGAGGGCUGA